AUGGAUCUCGACAAUUCCAUCGCCAUCUACCGACAGGUGCUUAGAAUCGGCUCCCCUACUCACCCAUAUCGCUCCAAUGUGUUAACAGACCUUGGAAAUUUUCUGUUCACCCGUUAUCAACAAUCCAGUAGGAUAGGGGACCUAGAGGAUAGUAUAUUGGCGUUCCAGAGUGCAAUUGCCCUACGUCCCCCAGGAAACCGAGACCGUCCAAUGACCUUACUCAACUUUGGUACGGCUCUUCGUACGCGAUAUGAGCGCCUGGGAGACAUGAAAGAUCUCGAAGGUGCCGUCUCAUCACAUCGUGAAGCCCUGCACACCAGUCAGUCCGAUCAACCCGAGUACCACCUGUUCUUCGCAAACUUUGCUGGUACCCUUAAUAUUCGAUACGACAGACUGGGUAAUAUAUCAGAUUUGGAGGAAGCCAUCAAAAUGCAUCGUCAGGUACUCAAACUCUGCCCUGCAGGCCAUCCAGACCGUCCUAUGGCCGCCACUAACUUUGGGUGUUGUCUUCGUAGUAGGUAUGAACGCCUAGGGGCCAUGAAGGAUUUAGAGGAUGCUGUAUUAUUCUCACGGGAAGCCCAAAGUCGUAUCUCUCCUGGUCACCCAGACCAAGCCGCAAUUUCUAUGAACCUCGCUGUUGUACUUCGGGACAGAUAUCACCAACUUGGAGAAAUGAAGGACUUAGAAGAUGCCAUCUCGCUGUACAGCAAUUCACUUGGAAUUCUACCUCCAAAUCACCCAGAUCGCCCACUGAGCCUCAUGAACUUUGCGGGGGUUAUGAUUUGUCAAUAUCAACGUUUGGGAAGGGUGGAAGAUCUAGAGUCUGCCAUUGCAAAUAACCGUGACGCACUCAGAAUCCAGCAUCCAGGUGGGGGGGAAACGGCUAGUGCAAUGACUCUUAUGAACCUUGGAACUUGCCUACGUAUCCGUUAUGAGAGACUAGGCAGGGUCGAGGAUCUGAAAGAGGCCAUUUUAUCUCACAUUAGCGCGCUAAAUCUAUAUCCGCCUGGAAGCAAAAACCGGGCGCAAUCCCUUCUAAAUCUUGCAUCAUCACUUUUCAAUCGGUAUGGACGAUGGGGAAACCUUCAGAACUUGGAGGAUUGCAUCUCAAUGUGCAAAGAAGCGCUCGAUAUCACAUCUUCAGGUCACCCAAUUUACUACCUCGGACUUAUGAAUCUCGCCAGCGCUCUUUUUUCCCGUUUUUGGAAGCUCAAUUGUAUGGAGGACUUAGACCUAGCGAUUUCAUCCCAUCGUGAAGUCCUUAGACUCCGACCUGUUGGAAACCCCGACCGUCCAAUGUCUCUCAUGAACCUUGCCAAUGCCUUGCUUGCCCGCUAUAAGCGGUUGAACAAAAUGGAAGAUCUGGAUGACGCAAUUGGUUUUCACCGUGACGCAAUCAGCCUUUGCCCGCCAGACUAUCCAAAUCGUUGCCUUUCCCUUUUAAAUCUUGCGGAUGCUUUAUGGACUCGCCUUCAACGAUGUAAAAGACAGGAAGACUGCGAAGAGACCUUCCAGUUGUAUGAACAGGGGACCAACGAUGCUAUGUCUUUUGCUGAAUAUCGGCUUAGAGCAGCUCACCACUGGACAGAGGCAGCGCAAGAAUAUCAUCACCACACUCUGCUGUUGGCGUGUAGAUCCUCACUGAGUCUCCUAAACCGUUGCUUGACUUUUCUUCCCAAUGUUGAAUCUCAGCAAAGAUUCCUUGCCACAGCUUCCAGGACAACCCUCGCCCCGAAGUCAAUUGCUUCUGAUGCGGCUUCUGCUUCUAUUGAUGGAGGAGAUUUAGAGCUUGCGGUGGAAUUGUUAGAGCAAGGAAGAUCCAUUCUUUGGUCAAAAGUAAAUUCUUUUUCAUAUCCACUUGAGCAGCUCCGUCAGGUCGAGGGCGGUGGGGUGCUUGCUGAUCGUUUGGAGACUAUUAGCGCCGAGCUGGAACAUCUCGUAUUGCUCUCCGGGAAGGGCCCGGGUGCAUUAGACGAAAAGCCAACAUCAGCCAUUGCUUUUGAUGCCCAAAUGAGGAGACAUCGUAUUCUUUCGGAAGAGCGAGAGGAUGUAGUGGCAGAAAUUCGUCGAAUGGAGGGUUUUGAGAACUUUUUGCAAUCAAAUUUGUUCACCGACCUUUGCUCAGCUGCCGCUGAGGGACCAGUAAUAAUCAUUAACAUCAGCAGUUACCGCUGCGACGCAAUCAUUCUGCUAAACAACACUUCUCCUAUCCUAGUUCCCUUGCCACAGGUCCAACUUACCGAACUUCAAGAUCAUUGGCGUAUUGCGUUUUCUCUGGGAUAA